AUGGCCGCUAAAUUAAUUGGUGCUGGAUUAGCCACUAUUGCUCUUGCUGGUGCUGCUAUUGGAAUUGGACUUAUUUUUGGUAGUUUAAUUCAAGGAUUCGCUUUAACUGAAGCUAUGGGUUUAUUCGCUUUAAUGAUGGCUUUAAUUUUCUUAUAUGCUUUCUAA